GUGAAAUACCCAAAGAGAUAAGCAGUCUCAUUGAGUUGGAGGAACUGGAUCUUGGGUUUAAUAGUUUUAGUGGUUCGCUUGAUCUUGGGUUCAACGUAUCAGGGCUGAGAAUAAUUGAUCUUUCAUUCAACAAUCUAUCAGGAAGCCUCCCACCAAACAUAGGUUCUUUACCUCAAGAAAUUGGAAAUAUAAAGGCUGUAACAAAGAUGGAUCUAUCGAUGAAUCAAUUCUCAAAUGACAUUCCUAGAGAAAUUGGAGGCUUGCAAAAUUUGGCACAGCUUUCUCUGAGACACAACAAGUUUCAAGGAUCUAUACCUGACUCAAUGAGCAACAUCGAGAGUAAUCUGAUUGGUUCUGGAAGUUUUGGCUCUGCAUACAAAGGUGUUCUCAGAAGUGGAACUGCCAUUGCAGUUAAAGUGUUCAACCUGGAUGAGGCAUUCAAGAGUUUUGAUACGGAAUGUGAAGUUUUGCGUAGCCUUCGCCAUAGGAAUGUCGUAAAAGUCAUUACUAGUUGUUCCAACCUUGAUUUUAAGGCGUUAGUGCUUGAGUAUAUACCAAAUGGAAGUCUUGAGAAGUAUUUGUAUUCGCACAACUACUUCUUAGACAUCAAGCAGAGACUAAGCAUAAUGAUAGAUGUGGCAUGUGCUUUGGAAUAUCUUCAUCAUGGGUGCUCGUUGCCUGUGAUUCUCUGUGACGUGAAGCCUAGUAACGUCUUGCUGGAUGAAGAUAUGGUUGCCCACCUCAGCGACUUUGGCAUUUCAAAACUGCUUGGUGAAGAUCAGGGUGAUUUGUACAGUAAAACCUUAGCAACAUUCGGGAAAAAGCCUAAUGAGUUUGAGGGAGAUCUUAGCUUGAAACAAUGGGCGAGAUAUUCACUUCCAGAUGAUGUAAUGGAGGUCGUAGAUGCCAACUUGUUAACAUCAACUGGUAGUCACUUAAAGAAGGAGCUAGAUGUUGUGGCAUCAAUCAUGAAAGUACCAUGGCUGCUCAUAUUUUUAAGGCCACGUGUAAUUGCAUCCAUGAUGAUCUUGAAGAUAUGUAACGGCACAUUGAAAUUAUACGCCAAUUGUUACCCAAACUCUUCCCUCAAAAUCCAAUCAUCCAAACAACUUGCGAUGAGAGCUUCCCGAAGGAAGUUUCUGCCCAAGCUUUUGAUGGACUUUCACAUCGAGCUGAAGAAGAAAAAAAGUAAGACGGUGAAGAUGAGGGUGGAGAAAGUGAAUGGAAGAGUUGUGAAGGUAGCGGAGAAAGUGAAGUGA